CGAAGCUUUGGAGUCCAGAGCAUAUUGCAUUUUUUGUCUCAUCUGCACAUCGUCAUUGUUACCAUCGCCGCCAGGGAUCAUCCGUAUAUCUUACCUCGAGAAUAUCUCACACCCCGACCACAACAACGACAACAACAACCAAAGAUACCACAAUUUCUUCAGCCAAUAGGAUAGCGCAAAUACAAAAGGUUCACCCAAGUCAACAAAGGAACGAAACCCCCUAAUCCAAAAUGACGUCCUCGGUGUACGACCGCAGCCCAGCCCUCGCGGCCGCUUCCCUCGUCGGCAUCGCGGCCCCGACCUUUGGCGCCGGCUUCCAGUUCGCCCUCUCCCACCUCGCCAUCCCUCCGCUGCUCGGCAAGCCGCAGUCCUUCACCACGCCCGUAUUCGCCCAUAUCUACCGCGCCGGCGCCCUCGUCGCGGUCCCCUUGUCCGCGCUGGGCUUCGCGAGCGCCUCGGCCGCCGCCUACCUCUCGCACGGGUACCCGGUGACCCCCUACGACUCCGGCUCGCAGGACCGGCUGCUCUCCCCGCGCGCGGCGUGGAUCGCCGCCGCCGUGGCGUGCAUCAGCAUCCCCAUCUUCACGGCCGUGUUCAUGGCGGGGGACAUCAAGCCGCUGCUGCAGCGGGCCGACCAGUUCGCCGCGGGGACGAGGGCCAGCGACACCGUCACGGCGGCCGACGACCAGCUGGUGCAGGGGUGGCUCAAGAGCUGGCGCAAGUUCAACUUUAUGCGGAGCAGCAUCAUGGGCACUGCUGCCGCGUUCGCGGCUUAUGCCAUCUUCACGGCGCCUUGAAAGGGGGGUGGGGGGAGAUGUGUGUAUGGGUGUUGGAGGAGGAGGAGGAGGAGCGUGAAGAGGAGGAAGAACAGAAGGAUGAUGACGAUAAUGACAACAGAUA